AUGGCCGACGGUGCUCCGACUUCACUCGACGAGCCGCUCAUCCGCCUCGGCAGGCGUCGCCUUCAGCCCACCGAAACGGUGGCAAGAACGGAGGCCACGCAGCAGCGAGACGCGCUCCUCCCAUUCGUGGUCAUCUCGUCCACCUAUCUCCUCUUCACCAUCACCGACGGCGCGCUGCGCAUGAUCGUCCUCCUGCACGCCUACCGCAAGUCCUUCACGGCGAUGGAGGUCACCUUAAUGUUUGUGCUCUAUGAGCUUGCAGGCGUCGGAACCAACCUCGCCGCUGGAAUCGCCGGCGCUCGAUGGGGCAUCCGCGCCACGCUGGUCACCGGGCUCCUGCUCCAGAUCGUGACCUUCGGCCUCCUCUUUGGUUGGGAGGACGGGUGGAGCAAGAGCCAGGCCAUCCUCUAUGUCACUGGCGUUCAGCUCUUCGGCGGCGUGGCCAAGGACCUGACCAAGCUGGGCGGGAAGACGGUGACAAAGCUGGUGACACCCGAAGAAAAGGAGACGCAGCUCUUCAAGCUCGUCUCCCUCCUCACCGGCGCGCGAGGCUGGAAGAACUCGCUCAAGGGCGUCGGCUACUUCCUCGGCUCGUGGCUGAUCGGCAUCUCGUACGGGCUCGCCCUCGGCGCGAUGAUGGCCCUCGUCCUGCUCGCGCUGCCCAUGGCCUACUUUGGCCUCGACCCGCAGCUCGGCGUCUCGCCGUCCCCAGGGCGGCUCCGCCUCUCCGACGUCUUCGACCGAUCCAACCCAAACCUAAACUGGCUCUCGCUCGCGCGCCUCUUCCUGUUCGCCUCGCGCGACUUCUGGUUCGAGGUCCCCCUCCCAUUUUUCCUCCGCAGCCCCCCGUGCGCCGCCAUCGGCAGGCCGUGCGCCGACGACUCGGACUGCGGCAGCGGCACCGCGUGCGACGCCGAGGCGGGCGCUUGCGCCAACCUCAACCCCGGCGGCGGGUGCGGCGGGCUGGGCUGGUCGCGCACGCAGGUUGGAGCGCUGCUGGCGCUGUACAUAAUUGCGUACGGCCAGUUGCAGGCGUACACGCCGCAGCUGGUGACGGGCCCGCUCCGCCAGACGCCGCCGAAUAAGCGGACCGAGGUGUUGUGGGGGUUGGUCAACUGCCUGCCGACGCUCGUCAUGGCGGUAGUGGCGGCGGCCAGCGCCGAUGCUGGCACCUACUCCCAACCCUCGCACGCAGGCCUGCCGCCGCACACCUCGCUGCUUGGCGGCAGCCUCGUUGGCACGAUCGCGUGCUUCGCCCUCGUCUUCGCCGUCAACUCGUCGAUCCACUCGUAUCUCGUUGUGCUCUACGCUGCGUCGGACAAGGCCAACGCGCCCGCCCGCCGGCUUGUACACGGUGUGAGCAGCGUCUCACCCACCCGUGACGCUUUCCAGGUGGCCGCCUCGGUCGGCUUCUAUUACAUGGCCAAUGCGUGUGGCCGGCUGCUUGGCACGCUUGGCUCGGGCGUGCUCUACACGUACGUCGGCGAUGAUCUCGGCUUUCUCGCGGGCACAAACGCGGUGCAGGGUUUGGCGGCGUGCUUCGCCGCCGCCACCGCCUCGAGCCUGCUCGCCGCCCUCAUCACGCUGCAGAUCGACGACGGCGACGCGGCCCUCCUGUGCGGCCCCUGCUGCGUGCUGUACGGCGGCGCGGAGGCGCCUGCCUCCGACCAGUGCUCCCGGCUGCACUCGCGCGCAGAGGCGGACGAGGCGGCAGCGGGGAGGCUGUCCGAGGAGGAGGUAGUGCGCCUCUCGCGCCAGGUUUCGGACGACCUAGAGUGAGGGGGCGCUUUUGCCUCUUGGGGGUCGUGCCCACAAAGCCUCCUACCUGGGCUCAUGAGCGCUCAUGACGUACGGGUAGAGCACAGAGAUACAGUACGUGCUUGUACAUGUCUCGUGGUUGCGGUCGGCUCUAAUAUACGGUAGGUGUAUACACGCACCCUAACGU